UGUAGUUUGUCCAGCCUAUCAAACCUGCGCAUCCUAUUUCGAGUCGAAUUGGCAGGGAUAACAACGCACUUAUAUAUUCGGAAUUAGAUCCUUUCGGGUUGCGGCGCUCUAAUUCCGAUCUUUUCAAUUCCAGUUUCAAAAGCCCUGUUUUUUUUCUUGGUGCUAAAUCCUACCCAAUUCGGCAUCCCAGAGACAUGAGAGGUUCCGCCGGCGCCAGCGGCGGCCGCGGCAGGGCCAGUCGGGAGAAGUACCGGAAUCCCUGCCUCACGAUGCACCAGCCGUGGGCCUCGCUCUUGGUCCAUGGCAUCAAGCGCAUCGAGGGGAGAUCAUGGCCAGCUCCUCUUACUGGUCGACUUUGGAUUCAUGCUGCAUCGAAAGUUCCGGAUGCAGAAACCAUCAAAGCAAUGGAGGAGUUCUACAGGGAAAUAUAUGCCACUAAUGGGAUCACUGAUAUAAAGUUUCCAGAGCACUAUCCGGUCUCACGACUUCUAGGUUGUGUUGAAGUGGUAGGCUGCCUUAAAAGUGAAGAGCUGGUGUGUUGGGAGGCAUUACCUGAAUCGGUAAGGCUAGAAGGCCUGACAGACUUCUGCUGGCUCUGUCAGAACCCACAGAAACUGUUAGUUCCGUUUGAAAUGCGAGGUUAUCAGGGUGUUUAUAACCUGGAAAAAAGGAUCUAUGAGGCAGCAGUAAGAGGUCUUUGCCCUGUGCAAUGUCCUCAACCAGUGAAGUUUCCACUGCCGGAUCCCCAAGAUCCUUUGUCACUGAGGCCAGGAUCUCUUGCCUCAUACUUCAGCAGUUCUAAAACAUCCACAGCGGAGACACCACCUAGUGUUAGUGCUGCAAUAGCUGGUGCACGGGCUGCAGCUGCACAGUUUUCAAAGAAAGAUCAGAGCAAAGGAACCAGUAGUAAUCAAAUUGACGUAAUUCAAAAAAGUGAGCAUGAAUUCACAGGAACCAGUCUCAAUAUAACUACGGAGGAUGGAAGGUUGUAUUGGUUCCCAAAUGGAAGGUCACAUCGGGGCUACCAGACCCGUAACCAUAAGGAACAGAAGACCACCCCAGAAAACAGAGAACAUAGCAGAGGCCGCACUAAGGAAUUUAGCAGCGAUCUUAUUUUACAACCUGGAGCUUCUAGUAAGCUUUUUGCAGCAGCAUUGGAAGGACUGAAGUUGAAUUAACUAUCUGGCUUGCUGUUGAGAGCUUUCGGAACUGACAGAGUAGUGCAUCCCUUUUUUAUUUUGAACAGUGGAUUAUGUGAAGUUGCUCGCAUAGGUGUUGCUGCACCCUAAAAGUAUUUACAAAAGGCUUUUGAGUUGUUCCUAUACCGUUGUAUAGUUUCUUGCCCAUUGUUUAUCAGUAUCUAGUAAGUUUAGGUCCCUGUGUGUUUUAAAUUCGAGCAUUUAAUUUUGCUUAUCGUGUAAGUUCCCUGCCAUAAUUGGGAUAAAAUGGUGGUAGGUAGCAACAGUCCACUGAAUUAUGGUGUAAUUUGAUGUACACGCUGUCUUAAAAUUAUUUAGGAAUCCAAAAUUUGUUUGAUCCAGGCUUACUGA